AUGUUCGCCUACAUCCCCUUUCUCUUCCUUGCUGUGGUCAAUGCCUACUCGGACCCUGGGCCCUGUACGGGCAAUUGCUGGACGCACGACCCAGUUUCGGACGGUAAAUACUUCCGCUUCGCUACCGGUGGAGGCAUUCACGUCAGCUCGGCGGACGCCCUCGAGGGUCCCUGGACUGAGACCGGCUUUGCCCUACCCAGUGGCUCAAAAAUCAACCACCCAGGCAAUGAUAACCUGUGGGCCCCGGACGUCCACUACAAUAAAGGCCAGUAUUACAUGUACUAUAGCGUGUCAACGCUGGGCUCGCAAGAUUCCGUAAUUGGGGUCGCAACAUCCCGGGACAUGGAAGCUGGCUCAUGGAACGACCACGGCUCAACGGGCCUCAGCUCCACGUCAGCGACACCCUGGAAUGCCAUCGACGCCAACUGGAUCGAGAUCAACGGCACUCAGUACAUAAACUUCGGAUCCUACUGGCAGAAUCUGUUCCAGGCGGGGGAGCAAAACGGGCUGAAGGUCAAGGUUGGCUCGGCGCACAACAUUGCGUACAACUCGACUGGUCCAAGCAAUGAGCAUCGCAUGGAAGCGUCCUUUAUGGUUGAGCACGACGGAUGGUAUUAUCUGUUCUUUUCAGUGGGGCUGGCGGAUCAUUACGAUACACGGCCGCCGGCGCCCGGGGAGGAGUAUCACAUUGACGUUUGUCGGUCGAAUUCUGGGACUGGGGGUUUCGUGGAUAGAACCGGUAGGUCCUGCACUGACGGUGGCGGUACUGUAGUGCUACAGAGUCAUGGGAACGUGUAUGCGCCUGGUGGACAGGGCGUGAUGAAUGAUAGCACCCGCGGACUGGUGCUGUACUACCAGUGGGUCAAUAAGACUAUUGGAGUUACCACCGAUAAGUUCCAGUUUGGAUAG